AUGGAGGCUCCUACUGAGCAAUCAAAUCUGUCGCUACAAUAUCCGGGACCGGUACGAAUCCUGGUGCAAACAGUAACAAGUCUUGUACCAGGAAAUGAUUAUUGGCAACGAAUCCUGUAUAUUCGAAACAUCAUUUGUCAGUACCAUUGGAACCGUGACUUUGAUUGGGACAAGGAUCGUUGGAAUUCGUACGGUGACGACUUUGGCUAUGAGAAUCGUAACUGCUACUUCCUUAUCGAUCACGGCGAAUCUGCUGAAGAUCCGCCAAUUUUACGGUACAAGUGGACUGGAAAACUCCUCAUUGCGAUUCCGGAACCACUCCCUGAGGAAAUACAAUCUAAAUUGGAAAAACAUCCAUUCCCGAGGCAACCGAGGCAACCAACUAAACGCUUACGAAAGCCAACACCUGGAAAGCUUGAUGCAAAAGCUCAUCGCCGGAUUAUUCAGUCAAACCUUCGUCGCGAUGCGAUUAUUAUAGAUGAGAGUAUUGAAUUCUUAGCGACGCAUCCAGAGGACGCAAGAUGGCUCAAAGAUAAUAUCGAGGCCCGAUUUUGGUCCAAGAUUCAAUCCUUAUUGGAGUCGAGACAGGGCAAAGACACCGUCUACGCCAAUCGGGAGCGUACGUUGGCGAAUUCGUCCAUUCCAGAGGAGUAA